GUUGGCUGGAAGAGGCUGCUGAAAACAUAUACAUAGUAGCUACACGAUCUCAUCUUCAUAGAAUACCUUUAAAUGAAGGAUUGCAGAAGUGCAAUGGCUCACAUGAGAUCACUGUUUCUGUCGUCCUGACCACAUGAGGGAAGAGGAAGUUAAGCUACGAAUCUGACAGGCUUUCAUUUGUUGUUUCGCUGAUCUUCAACAAAGACACCCUGAUGCAAGUGCUAAUAAUCCUGUGUGAUGAUCAUAAUUUCACUGAAACUUCUUUUAACAAUGUGUUUUGGCUGCUUAGCUACAGAUCCCAAUAAUAUAACAGUCAUCCAAACACCAACAAAAAUACAUCUAUCAAUUGGAGACUACACUGAAAUCGCCUGUAUUUGGGAAAAAUCUGUUGUGAGAUACAGAGUAAGCUGGUAUCUUGUUAAUAAAGAGAACAUCACCAAAACUAUAUCAUCAAAACUUUUCUAUGUGCAUAAUAUCACCCAUGAAAGCAAGGAUGUGCUGGUGAUAAAAUCUGCCAAUGUAAAUGACACUGGAUUUUACUACUGUGAGAUAAUUAUUGAAAUACCUUUCUGUAAGAAAGCAUGUGGAAAUGGGACAACAUUGAUUGUUGAAGACAAAGAGGCUCACUCAUUGAAAAAGAGAGGUUUGGCAGUAUGCGCCAUCAUUCCUUUCUUAGUGGCACUGGCAAGCUUGUAUCUUUGCUACAGAAAGAAACAGCACUCAAAACUUCCUGGUUCUGCGCUGCUUCCUGUGCCGACAGCAGGGCAUCAGGGCAUGCUCGAGGCGGCAGAAGUUAAUGGGAGAAGUGAAUCCACCAGUGGAGCAACUGAGGAAAACUCGGCUGAAUGGGCUGUGUCUACACUUUAUGAAUCACUUGAUUCUUUUUUGCAAUGAAUCAAGAGGAAAAGAUGAGAAAUCCACUGCAACUAUUGCAUCCUGUGUAGCAGAUGAGCAAAUCCUGCAAACUAGGGCAGUUGAAAAGUCUAGAAUGAGACAAGGACCCGCCAUCUACUUUGACAUUCAGAACUAACAGGACAUAAAAAAUAUGGCUAAAUCGCUGUAAAACUGAAAACUAUGAUAAUUUGCUGCUGAAGGAUGGAUUCUGUGAGUUUCCUGACAGAAGCAUGUCAGCAGGACAGUAUACAAGAAAAAGGUUGGUUCCAAGCAGUCUCUGAAUGUUUUGUCACUAACAAAAUGCUGUAAGGAGCCUGUGAAUUUGGAGGGCAUGUUAUUUCAGAAGACUGGCUUCAACUCUUCCCCCCAUAUCCGGAAAUAAUAAAAGAUGUAUUCCCAUAGUUUGAAAAAUCUUCUGGACCAAACAACAUUCUCCAACAGAAGCAUUUCUUCAGGCACCCCAUGUAUAAACAGCAGAAGGUAAAAUGAAAAUGCACAUGGUGGUAAUCAUUUGACCAGAUAGACAGUACUACGUAUAGGAUACAACUAUCAUCACUGCUGACCACCUCAUACCCAGAGUGGUAUGCCAGAAAGGUUUAUAUUCCUGUGGAAAAAGACUGUUAGUUUUAAUUCAUUCACACAUGAGGGAGAUACUUCCAGAGCAGGUAGUCUCCUAUGCACCGUGAAAUGCUGGGUUUAAAGGGAGCUCUCUAUAUUAUGAUUAUGUAUAAUUAUUGCCUAUCUGCUGGAGGACGGCUGCUUGGAGGACAUUGGAAUGUUAACACUUGUUUCACUUUUGCCAGCUCUAAAACUUCAAAAAAAAAAAUUAGUGAUGAAAAAUCAAAACAGGAAAGUAAGGGAAAGCUGGCUUCUGAGGUCUGAAACGAGGUGAGCAGUAUUGACAGCAAAGCUAAUGGCAGUUGACUAAACACUGCUGGAUACUACGAACAGGUAUCUGAAAUGUGAAUGUAUUUAUGUACCAGGGUUAUUUUGUCUUCUGUUAAACUUUUUUCAGAGCUUAGCUGGAGGUUGGAUCAUCUUCCCAGCAAUGCAAGGAGAAACAACCUCACUGCUCACGAGGUUUGUUACAGCUUGUAGCUGGGCAGGGCAGUAGAUGCAGACUGGCUUUCCCAGAGCCCUUAAAUACAGUUUACAUAGUCUGGCUUGCUACUCAACAUUCUGUAAUGAAGUCUUUGUGGCCAUACAGCGUGCCUUGUGGUCUGGCUCUCUCUGUGCUAUAGUGACUGCAGUUCAGAACUACUGUAGCUCAGCAGUGGCUCACUCCUUGGUGUGAAUCCUCUUUCGUGGGUUGUUCUGUAACCUCCCCUGAAUAUCCUUCUGCAGUGAAUAUUCUGCUUUCAGAAAUAUGCUGUAAUCACUGCACUGUGAAUAUACCUCAAAUAAGAGAAAAUAUUUGUUACAGGCUAUUGGUUAUAGUACAUCUCAUGGUAUUUAUGUGUAAAUUGAAUAAAGAGGAGGAUUUU